AUGACAGAACCACGGCCAAUCCGUUUCGGCAUAAUCGGCUGCGCUGAAAUCGCACGCAAAGUUUCACGCGCCAUCUCACUCUCUCCCAACGCUUCCCUCCACGCCGUCGGAAGCCGCUCCCUAGACAAAGCCAAAGCCUUCGCGAAAGCCAACAGUUUCCCCGAUGGCGCCAAAGUGUACGACUCAUACGAAGCGGUUCUCGACGAUCCUGACGUUGACGCCGUUUAUAUGCCGUUACCGACUAGCUUGCACGUGCGGUGGGCGGUGAGUGCCGCUAAGAAAGGGAAGCAUGUGUUGCUGGAGAAGCCUGUGGCUCUUAGUGCGUUGGAGUUUGAUGAGAUAGUUCAGGCGUGUGAAUCCAGUGGAGUGCAGCUCAUGGAUGGUACUAUGUGGAUGCAUCAUCCUAGAACUGAUGCUAUCAAAGAGUUUCUCUCUGAUGCGCAACGGUUUGGUCAGCUUAAAUCGAUUCACACUGUUUUUACAUUUGGGGCUGAUCCUGAUUUUCUCGAGAAUGACAUUCGUGUGAAACCGGAUCUCGACGCACUUGGCUCUCUUGGCGAUGAAGGAUGGUACUGUGUUAGGGCAAUUCUGUUCGCUAACAACUACGAAUUACCUAAAACAGUAUUAGCCUCACGCGAACCCAUGCUUAAUAAAGCUGGAGUGAUAUUAUCUUGUGGUGCUUCUUUAUUUUGGGAAGAUGGGAGAGUAGCAACUUUCUAUUGCUCUUUCUUGUCUAACUUAACAAUGGAUAUAACCGCUGUUGGGACAAAAGGAACACUUCAUGUUCAUGAUUUUAUUAUCCCUUAUGAAGAGAAAAAGGCAUCAUUUUAUGCAGCUUCAGAAUCAGGCUUUGAUGAUCUUGUCACGAGGUGGAGUUCCAAGCCGACCAAGCACGUAAUUGAAAAUGAUCUCCCUCAAGAAGCUCUAAUGGUAAAGGAAUUCUCUCGGUUGGUCGCAGAAAUCAAAUUCAACAAAUCGAAACCUGAGAAGAAAUGGCCAUCGAUAAGUCGGAAAACACAAUUGAUAUUGGAUGCUGUGAAGGCUUCGAUUGAUAAGGGUUUUGAGCCUAUUCAGAUUCAGGAAUGA